AAAUUAGUAGAACUGAAAGUGCUUUAUUAACAUUGAAAAGUGUUACAUUUUUACGCUUAAUUAAUGUUCAUAGAAAUAUCGAACCGCGCUUUAAACUUAUAACUAACUAAGACUAAGGCUAAGAAAUUUUUUCUUACAAUUGAAACCUCAAAAAAUCAGUGACAACCUUGAACGUACGACACUGCACUGCACUGCACAACACUACACAAUUUUGGUGAACCGAUUUGCAAGAAAAAUAAAAUACUCUAUAAAGGAAAAAAAAAUGUCGAACGAAUUGAGCGAAUUAAUCGCGCUAGGCUGCCCCGACCUUACUAGUAAUGGAGGCACUGAAAUUGUUAUGGUUAAUGCUGAACGACGUUUAAGCGUCAAACAGAUGACAGCAACUGACUUUGCUUUAGCGCGCAAAGCUGCAACAUCCAAUGAAUCACCAAAUACCGCAAAUAUAAAGGUAGCUACAACAGCAACGACAAAAGACUUGACGCCUAACACCAGUAGCAGUGUUUCGUUAGAAAAGGCAACACUAUCAUUAAGUGUUUCGCCUACAUCUACAGCAGUGACUGCAAUUACAGCCCAAAAAUUUGCUGCCUCUACGUCUAUAUCACCUAUAGCAACAACACCAUUAUCCCCUAGCCCCACUGAGACAUAUGCAGAGCAAAGUAAAGCACAACAUUUACCCUGCUCUGCACUACGUGAUCGCAUUACAUCACUGCCCAAUGUAUUUGACGAUGGUAUGGCUCAACUUGUGCUAGACACAUUUACCGCUGUUGACUCACAGGCUGCUAAUAUUACUGCUACAAAACCGCAACUAGAACUGCAAUUGCCUGAGAAUUUGCACAAAGGUCAAGAGACCACAACUGUUGAUAAAAUGCAGAACAAAUGUUCUACUUCUAAUUCGUCGAUUGAUGAAUCUGAAACCGCAGAAAAAGCUUCUAUUGCUGAUUCAAUUGAGUUGAUACGCAUGCAACGUAGAGAGCGGCUACUUGCAAAUGAACAUGAACGUGAACGUUCAUAUUCACCACCUCUGCGUGAAAUACAUUAUGAACGAAGUUUGGCACCAGAUCGUCUACAUAGUUCCAGUAUUAGCAGUGUUGGCUCUGGUGCUUCAGCUUGUACUGGUUCUGUCAGUAUUUCAGCCUCAGUAAAUACUAGUAAUAAUGCUAGUCGCCGUAGUAGUAUUGCGAGUAAUUCAAUUGAUGCAACAGCAGUCUCCACUUCAGCAACAGUUAAAGUGCCAGCUGCAAAUGCUUUUCCACUGACCAAAACAUAUUCAACUCCAAAUAUGGAAGCACGUAAAAAUAGCUUAACAGCAGUUUUUCCGCCAGCUAAAGUUGACUUAAUUGAAGAGAGUACAUCAAAUACAUCGAUGACCCCGCCGGAACAAAGUCUAAAGCAGUCACAAAAUACUAUAAAUAAAACAUUUGAGAGAGUAAGAAAAACAAUAUCCAAAUCAAAAUCAAAAUCAAAGUCAAAAUCUCCGGCGACAAAGACUGUACAGAAAUCUGGUCUAACAUUAGCCGAAAUACAUAAAAUUGUUGAGGAUACUAUAAAACGAGAAAUACCUACCGGCAAGAUGGUACAUCGCACCAAAACGCCACCACCAGUUGGAGUUAAACUUGGUGUAAAUUUAAAAAAAGUAUCACCACCAAAAACUACCAUAACAGUUAAGAAAAAUGUUGCGCCAAUGUUGGGUGUUGUUUUGCGUAAGGUUGAAAAGAAGACAGAACCACAAAAAAGUAUACUCGACGAUGAUAAACCAUUGUAUCAUUUGUCUAUAGUACGCAGUGACAACAAGGAGUACAAACCGGCACAGAAACCAAAGCCAAAACCGGCGCCUACAAAUUUACAAAAAUCUGCCACAACUACAGCAAUGCCUACUAAACCAAAUCCUGGUGGUAUACUAACAGGACCUCAAGUUACGGCUAUACGCACCGUGCCGGUUAGUCAACAACAAUUGAAAACUUUACGCCCACAAAUGGGUGUACCAAUUACCAUACAGAAGAUUGAAGGUGAUAAAAUUAUUAUUAUCAAGAAAAUUAUUGUACCUAAAAAUAGCAAAAUACCGGAACAAUAUCUACAGGUUACAAAUAACGCAACAAAAGCUGCAAAUGAAACACCGUCACCAGUUGCUAGCAAUCAGCACACAGCAACGACAAUGUCAAGUAAAGAAUCUGCUUCGCCACAUCAACUUAGUCAAACACCACCACAACAUCAGCAACAACUUUUUAAAAUAAUGUCACCACAAUUCGCUACGGUGUUGUCGUCCAGUAAAGCUGAAACAAAAAGCGGUCUACGUUCACCUAUAUCGUCGCCAUUAGCAAUACGUAAAAAUCGAUCACUGUUACCUGGAAGUCCGAAAUCAACACCACCAUUACCGCGUAAGAACUAUCCACCAUUGUCCUAUAAUGCCAUUACAGGUGCUAUAACUUCACCAAUUGCUAUACCCGCAGUGCCACCUAGAAUGAUGGCUACCAUAACUUCUAGCCCGCCAUCUAGUCUGUCAUUAUCCUCAUCAAACUCAACGCCUUCUACACCCUCAACUUCACCACCACCACCGCUGCCUUGUCGUGCACCAAAACAUAACUCUAGCAGUAAUGUACAACAACUGUUAAAUGCUAGUCCAAAAAUGGUCAGAAAUAAUUCAAGUUAUAAGUAUGGACAUCCAACACAACAGUCUUUUACACCUCGGAGCACGACCAAACUACCAACUGUGAAUGCUCAAAAUAAUCAAAAUAGUAACAAAAUGCCGGUAAUUACAACGCAGCCGCUGUCUGAAAUUGAUCUUGAUAAACUCAUUGCCCAACAGAAGGAAUUAGAUGAAAUUAAUGCCACAGCUGCACAUAAUUCCAAAAUGGAUGCUAAUCUUUACGAUGCCGAAAUUGAAAUGAUGAAUAAAUAUUUGAAGAGUUUGCCAGACUACAGUGAAAUCGAUAAGAAAAUACAUCAAGAAUUCAAAGAAUGUGAAGAUCUCUGUGAGCGUUUGAAGAAACGUCAACAACCUUUGUCAAAAUCUAACUCACAACAAAAUGUAACACCUGCUUACUUUACUAAGACUCAGCAACCAGCCUUACCUACAAGUAGUGCUUACCUACCAAAUAAUAACUUGAGCAAAUCUUCAUCCAUUAAUUUUGGUCACCAAUUGUCCAGUCAACAAACUCCACCUAAUACAAAUCAAGCACAUAAAACACGCAUGGCGUAUCCCUCUAUAUUUGCUGCUUUAGGGGCGCCAAGUAAUACUACUCAAGCUCCAAAACUACAAAGAAGUGUAUCUAGUUCUAAUAUGCCACACUCGACGCAACAAUUAUAUCAAAGUAUGCACUCCUAUUUACCACAAUCAACACCAUUAGAUGCACAAGAUAAGAAUGGUUCAACAACAGGUUCAAACUUAUCAUUAAAUAAACAACUGAUGAAUGAUUUUUGGACUGAGAAUAUAGCCUCAUCACAAAAACGACAGACACCAAAACGUACCUUUUGGAAUUACGAGAAAAUUUGUAAUACUCAAUUAGGCGCAGCAGGUGCACCAUUAAAGGUGGACGCACAAACUGCAAAGAAGUUGGCGAUAUUUGAUCCAACUGUCGCAGAGGCAGCGCAGAAAGAAUUAUACAAACCCAACAAAUUGCAGAAAAAUGCUUCUCUAUCACAUUUGGACAUGAAAGUGAGGCAAGCAGUUACCAAGGAAGAUCUCUAUAAGUUGAUUUGCAAUGAAAAUCCACAAACCACUGGACCCACUACUUUUAACUCGCCGAAUGGUUUCGUAAGCAGAGUGCCAGUAAAAAUUAAUAAUCCGCAAAUUUCUGAACCAAUGACAACUAAUUUAAACAAAAGUGUUUCACUUUUUCAUGUACCCUCCGUUGGGGUACCACAGAGUAUUGGCAUGACAAAUAAUUUGAUUCGUUCCAAUAGCAAAACACACAUACCAACCUAUAUGAAGCAUUUACCAUCUCUAACUCGUAGUACUUCAAACACUGCUAUACUCUUGCCAGCACAGGUACAGCAAAAGGAAACAAAUUCUAAUGCAACAACUGUGGCAAAACAAAUUAGUCAACCGAAAAUUGCAGCCGCAACAAUUAAUAGCAAUGCGUCAUCAACAUCUACUGCAGUUAUAGCGAAUCCCUACCGCGGCCUAUUGAAAAGUUCAUCUAGUUCAAGUAUUUUAGGUGUUGGAGCCUCAACUAAAUAUAGUCCCUUUCAAAUGAGUCAGUCACAUUUACAUGCAUCUGACUCAUGCCAGCAUCAAUUAGCAAAUAAGUCAACAGCAACACCUCUCGCACCAGCGAUGACUACUUCUUUAGUGGCUCCCAAUGAAAAACCAACAUCACCCUUAAGUGAUGAGCUAAUGAUGCGACAAAAACAAACUCAACUGCAACAACAGCAACAACAGCAACAGCAGCAGCAUAUGCAACCUAAACUAGCAAAAAUCAAUGAGAAUACAAACUCAAUUAGCGAUAUUGCUCAAGCAACAGAAUCUCCGUCCCUCGAACGUAAGUCCGAGAAAAGCAAUAGCACGAUCAGUACAAAUAGUGUGACAGUAACGAAUUGCUGCGCUACACAUCUACCGCAAUUAUCAAAGUUUACGUCAUCAUUUCAUAUACCUUCAACUGCAGCGGAUAGUAAAGCACAGCAACAACAAUCAAAGCAAACAACAGGUACCACAAGUAGCAAUAACAACAGUAACAGCAAUAGCAACAGCAAUUACAAAAUAACAAAAACGCAAAGUGCUGCCAAUAUAGAAUUGUCGAAACGUCAAAAAGAAACCGACAAUAAAGUAGAAAAAUCUGUAGCUGACAUGCUAAAAAUAAGCAACAAUAAUAAAUCAACGUUAACAAUGACACCAUCAACAACUGCUACCGCUGCUGCUCAGACUGCAGCUGCUGCUGCAAUUGCAACAUCAGCAACAAUAACAGACAAUAAAUUGCUUGUAAAACAAGAAUCCUUGCAAAAUUUAAGCAAACCAAUCAUAAGCAAAACAACUACAGAAACAAAUACAACAGCAUCACAAAUACCUUUACCAAUAGCUAGUAUUGCAACAUCAACAACAACUGCACCAACAGCAGCAACGCAACAAUUUGUUAAGAAAAAUUUUCCUAUUGGAAAAUCCAAUUCAACAUCACAAAUUCAAACUGCUUAUCAAAGACAGUGUAUACUACAGCAACAACAACCGCAACAACAGCAUCACCAAAAUCCAGAACAACAACAUUUACAACAGCAAAAUAUGUUGAGGCAACAGCAGCAGCAACAACAACAACAUGUGCAAAAUUAUCCGCAACAUAAGCGUCCUUUCUUAAAUUGGAAUUCGUUUGCUUGUUCAGCUAUGAGUGGUAGUAUUGAUCCUUUUAUGCAAAAGCAACAACAACAACAACAACAUCAGCAACACAAAUUACAACAAGUACCAACAACAACAACAAAUGUUGCUAAGAAGUUAGUGCAACAACAAUUACCAACACAACCUAAACCUGCUACAGGUCUAGCAGCAUUUUUACAAAAAAGCACUAAUAAAGAAAAUAAAUAUAUUGCACCAACGACAAUUCCCCAACAAAUAUACGCUACUACAACGCAAUUUCAACAACAUCCACAACAACAACAACAAGUGGUGUAUGCUUAUCAACCGCAACAUCAACAACAACAAAUGCAACAGCAACAAAUGCAUCAGCAGCAGCAGCAACAACAACAACGUCGCAAUCCAAUUACCCAUUCAGCUUCAUUCACUACAACACAACGUCCUACAGUGAUGGCAGCUUAUCCACAACAACAAUUGCAUUUAGGACAAGUAACAAAGCAACAACAACAACAACAAGUUGGAGGUACUUAUUACAGUAAUAACCCACAGCAGGGCCCACAGCAGCAACAAAAUGAACGCAAAGUUUUACAAACAUUUGAACCGUAUUUAUAUGCGAAGCCAACUAAUUUAAGUGUUGGGAAUUUGCAGCAAUCUUUUUACCAACAGCAACAGCAACAACAACAACAACAGCUGCAGCAACAGCCAAUUAAUGGUGGCGGUGUUUUAAUGCAACUUCCGCAACAACAAGCGCAGCCCGCAGUACAGCAACAAACGCAACAUGUUGCUGGAUUUUAUGCUUAUGGCUCAAAGCCGAUGUUGCAAACGGCGGCACCUAUUGCAACAAUGACUUUUGAAUCUACCGUCAAUGCAGCAACUGCGCCAACAUUUAGUCCGAUUAUUCUGCAACAACAACAGCAGCAGCAACAACAACAACAUCAGCAGCAACAACAAUUGGAAUGUAAUUCAAUUAAUUUAAAUCAAACACAAAAUCAAAUGUCAAAAUCUGCAAUUGCACAUUUUUCGAGUAUCGAGGUAGAUUCUUUACAAAUAUUCCGUUUGUUUUGUGCAUUGAUUGUUCGAGUUGUUUGUUCGUUCGUUCGUAUGAGUUUUGUCUUUAAUUAA